CUCUUUCGAGUCCUGUAAAUAGCGGCAAAAGUGCAAGAGCUUCCCGCUAAAGACGAAGCCGGCGGUUUGUUGGCGGCGGUGUCACCGUGGAGCGGAGUCCGAUCGGGGAAAGUCACGAGCCCGCAACGAGGAUGGAGGAGCUGCGGAAGCUGGAGCGAGCGCAGGCGGCUCUGGAACUGAUGCAUCGUCACGGCGUCUCGCCUUCCGAUCCCGACUCCGACCGAUUCCUCUCCAAUCUCCUCCUCCUCUUGAUACAACCAUGUGGGGAGCUCGAUAUGGACCGGAAGUUUAAUUUAAUUAAUGAAUACUUGCCAAAGAUAUUGAGGACAUUGAUCAAGGAGGCCUCACAUUUACUUGAUUGGGAUGACCUAAUGAAGCUGGAAAACAAGGAUUCUAGAUAUUUUCAAUCGAAAGUGAACCAGAAGUCCAAUUGUUCCCUGCAAACCGAGUUCCACAAUGGGGAUGUAGUUGGGCUCAAUGCAAUGGAGAGAGCAAAUUCAACCCUUGAGGACUUUUGCAGGUCCUAUUUUAUGUUUCAUGAAAUGGAUGUGAACAGACCACAAUCUUUUUUCAAAUAUCUACCUGUGCUUUCUUUCACAGAAAGUUACAUUUAUCAGUAUCUAAGAGUAAUUUAUGAGGAGAGCUUAAUAUGCUCUGAAAGCUUGGGGCAAGGAAAACUGUUUCCUUCUAUCAUCUAUUCUGUGGGUGUUGAGCUGGAUAAUUUGAAUGAGAGAGUAGUGCAGCUAUCUGCCAGUGGACUCCCAGUAUUAAAAGCUCAAUCUGAGGAGAGGGAUCGUGAUCUCAGUAGUGAACUUGUCAAUGCAUUCAAAGGAGAUCCAUUCGGACCGCUUAAGAGUCUUCUUGAAUUUCGAGGACUUCUAAAUGACAGGAUAAAUGAAGAGUUUAAAUCAGGAGAAGAGUUCUGGGCACUGGAAAGAAAGCUAUGCUCUGCCUUGAUGCACAAGGAGGCUGUUUCAGUUGAGGAUGUCAUGCGGGCAAUACAUCUGAAAUCUUUUGAUUACAGGGCACUGAAUCUUUUGUUAUACGAGUUAAGAGGUGAAAAGGUAAAUGAACUGCACAUGGAGUUCCUUUCCAUAUCGGAAUAUCUGGUAGAAAUCUCUGAUGACCUUUUUGACUAUGAGGAUGAUGUAUUAGAUAAUAGUUUCAAUAUCCUUCGCAUGUUCGUCAAAAUAUAUGGAGCUUCUGCAGCCCCAACUAUGCUGGCGAAAUCAAUUACAGAGGCUGAACAGAAGUAUGAUCGCCUAUUGAAAGCUUUGGAGCCUCAGUUGUCUGCUAAGUAUCAGAAAAGAUGUGAAGAAGCUACUGCAGAAGGUGGGCGGAUGGGAGGUCCGUUGCUUGGGAAGUGGAGCAUUCCUCCAGUUAUAGUGGAUGAGGAAUCCUACCGGUCAAACAUGUAAAACUAUUGAUGUAUUUCUCAUCAUUGGCAAAAUUUGUUUUCAUCACUCAAAAUCAUGAA